GGGGCGGGGCGGGGCGGGGGGGCCCCUGACUCUCGGCCGGGCCCUGCCACGGGCCGCUCCAGGCUCCCUCUGCCCCGUAAGGCGCCCGCCCGCCCGGCCCCGGUUCUCGCCGGCUCCUGCCGGGCCUGGCCUCCGCUCCGUUCGCCCCCCGGCCUGGGCCCCCGGCAACUGCCCCCGCUGCCUGGCCCGCCGGGGGCCCGGGCUCGGCCGCGCCUGCAGACAGGCCACGGGCUGCGCGGGGGAGCCCGGAAACCACAGCGGCAUCUUGGGCGCUGAGCCAGGAGGUCUGGGGAGCGGGCAGAGCCGGCAGCCCCUCGUGUGGGGUGGAGGUGGCACCAUGCAGCAGGAGCGGGAGAAGAGCCGGGUCCGGCCCAGGAAGCCUGACAUGGCCCUCUAUGUGCCCAAAGCACGACGGGAGAUGGCAGCCCAAGGAGCAGGCGCUGCCAGUGGUGCGUGGACCAUGGGGAGCCAGAGGGAGGAGGAAAACCACUACGUGCUGCAGAAGGACGGUGCCAAAGGCAGCUGCGAGAGGCAGAGCCCCAGCACUGGAGCCCACAAGCACGUGGCCAGAGAGAGGAGGAGGUCAGAGGGGAAAACAAGGAAGCGCACACCCCUGGGGGACAGCAAACGGGGCAGCGCUCCAGGGCAGUCCCAAGGAGCCUCUGCUGAGGGCUGGGAUCAGCAUCACACAUGCCAACAAAACCAUCUGGCCCCAGAGGAGCAGCCGUGUGGGCGGCUGGAAACAAACCUCCACAGUGAACAGCCCAGCCCUCAGGAGCCCCGCCUGGAUCAGGCUCCCGCUCGGCCAGGGGGCAGUGAGGAGCAGGUGCCCAGCAAGCCAGGGCUCAGGGAGCUAAGCCCAAGGUGCUGGGAUUCAAGAACAGGUACUGGACCUUGUUCCCAUCUGUUGGUGGAAACAUCUAGUCCCCUGCUUGUGCCACCACAUGGAGGGGAGGAGCAUGCACAGGAGCAGAGGCGUGGGGGGCCACUGGCCUGGCUAGACUCUGCCUCUCAGCCUAGGAAUGAGAGCAGUGAUGAAAUAUCAGAGCAGGCAGCGGGGAGCACACGUGGCGCAUCUGAAUGUGCAGGCAAGAGCAUCCCAGCUCCGAGCGGGGAGAGUGCAGGAAGCGUGUGCGAGCUCAGAGGGGAGGGUACUGCAGAUCAGAGCGGGGAGAGCACAGGAAGUGUGCGUGAGCUUACAGGGGAGGGUGCCGCAGAUCCGAGCAGGGAGAGUGCAGGAAGCGCGUGCGAGCUCAGAGUGGAGGGUGCCGCAGAUCAGAGCAGGGAGAGAGCAGGAAGCGCGUGCGAGCUCAGAGGGGAGGGUACCGCAGAUCAGAGCGGGGAGAGCACAGGAAGCGUGUGUGAGUUCAGAGGGGAGGGUGCUGCAGAUCCGAGCAGGGAGAGUGCAGGAAGCGCGUGCGAGCUUACAGGGGAGGGUGCUGCAGAUCCAAACCGGGAGAGCACAGGAAGCGUGUGCGAGCUCACAGGGGAGGGUGCCGCAGAUCCAAGCCGGGAGAGCACAGGAAGCAUGUGCGAGCUCACAGGGGAGGGUGCCGCAGAUCCGAGCAGGGAGAGUGCAGGAAGCGCGUGCGAGCUUACAGGGGAGGGUGCCGCAGAUCCAAGCCGGGAGAGCGCAAGAAGCGUGUGCGAGCUCAGAGGGGAGGGUGCCGCAGAUCCAAGCCGGGAGAGCACAGGAAGCGUGUGCGAGCUCACAGGGGAGGGUGCCGCAGAUCCAAGCCGGGAGAGCACAGGAAGCGUGUGCGAGCUCACAGGGGAGGGUGCCGCAGAUCUGAGCAGGGAGAGUGCAGGAAGCCCGUGUGAGCUUGCAGGGGAGGGUGCCGCAGAUCCGAGCGGGGAGAGUGCAGGGAGCGCGUGCGAGCUCAGAGGGGAGGGUGCCGCAGAUCCAAGCCGGGAGAGCACAGGAAGCGUGUGCGAGCUCACAGGGGAGGGUGCCGCAGAUCCAAGCCGGGAGAGCACAGGAAGCGUGUGCGAGCUCACAGGGGAGGGUGCCGCAGAUCCAAGCCGGGAGAGCACAGGAAGCGUGUGCGAGCUCACAGGGGAGGGUGCCGCAGAUCUGAGCAGGGAGAGUGCAGGAAGCCCGUGUGAGCUUGCAGGGGAGGGUGCCGCAGAUCCGAGCGGGGAGAGUGCAGGGAGCGCGUGCGAGCUCAGAGGGGAGGGUGCCGCAGAUCCGAGCGGGGAGAGUGCAGGGAGCGCGUGCGAGCUCAGAGGGGAGGGUGCCGCAGAUCAGCCGUGUGGGAGGGCAGGCAGCGUGUCUGACAGCAAGGUGGGGAGCACUGCUGUCUGUCCAGAGCAGGGGUGUGGGCAGGUGGGAGGCAUGUCUGAGCGUGCCGGGGUGAGAGCGCGCAGCACAGCCCAUAGGACAGACUCUGGCACUGGGGCCCUACCGGAGCGUGUGGACAAGGCCAGAGGCAGCGCACCACUGUGUGGGGAGGAGAUGCCCUGGGGCUCAGGCCGCUGUGCAAUGGGGGACACCAAGCACUCACCAGCUUAUGAGAGCAGGGAGCACAGCCGGUCUCUGGAGAUCCCGGGCAGCUGCUCGGCAGGGAGCCUGGCUGAGGAGCUGGACUGUCCAGGCGGGGUGGCGAGGCCGUUGCAUGGCUUGCGAGCUGAUGGAGAGCCUGGGACGGCAGGGGAGGAUGACAGUGGUGUGAGCCAAGGCAGUAUGUCCUGCUGGGACAGCAACACAGAAGUGCCUGAGCAGCCAAGUGCCGGAGCCCGGAGCGACAGCAGUGCUGCGGCAGAAGGGAGCUGGGACUCGCUGUUUAACGCCGAUGGAGACUGCCUGGACCAGCGCUUGCUGGAAGAGCUGUUGGGCGGCGAGAAGCCCAGGAGCAGUCUGCAGGAGCCCCGCUUCGACUACUCCGGCUGGCAGCCUGCUGAGCUGGACCUCAGCAACUCGGAGCUGCCCCAUAUCAUAGAGAUCUACGACUUCCCGCAGGACUUCGGCACCGCUGACCUGCUGCAUGUCUUCUGCAGCUACCAGAAGAAAGGCUUUGACAUCAAAUGGGUGGACAACACGCAUGCACUGGGCAUCUUCUCCAGCCCAAUCGCAGCGCGUGACGCCCUGAGCAGCAGGCACAUGAUGGUGAAGACCCGGCCCCUGGCGCAAGGCACAAGAGCAGCCAAAGCCAAAGCCAGGGCUUGUGCUGACUUCCUGCAACCAGCAAAAGAGCGUCCGGAGACAUCUGCGGCCCUGGCCCGGAGGCUGGUGAUCGGAGCCCUCGGAGUGCGGAGCAACCAGAGCCGAGCCGAGCGCGAGGCUGAGCGUAAGAAGCUGCAGGAGGCCCGAGAGAGAAAGCGCCUGGAGAACAAGCAGCGGGAGGACAUCUGGGAAGGCCGGGACUGAGCCAGGGCUGCAGCGGAGACGACUGGAGCACCCAGGGCUGCUGGCAGGCACUUGGUGGGGGGACCCUGUGGUGCCAUGGGCUUCAGAUGCCAGCGCAGCCCAGUGCCAGCUGCACCUACGCAGGCUGGCCAGGCUGUGUCAGUGGGGGGAAGGGGAGAGUCCUGUCUGGAGCCUGGCGUGGGGGAAGAGGGGUCUGGCUGACAAAACGCAGCAGCUGUUUCUAUUAGGACUGUUGGGGGGGGCCUGGCAGGCCCUGCCCCCGGCUGUGCAUGCCCCUGGGGGGGGAGGGGGGCUUGCCAGGCCCUGCCGCCGGCUAUGUGCGCCCUGGAAGGGGGCCUUGGCCUGCCCCGUCCCCGGCAGCGAGAGCUCAGCUGAGUCUGUUGGCUGUGCCCUGUGCCUGGCAGUGCCCAGGCUGUGCUGGUGCUGGGUAAUGCUGCCCUGACAUGCUGGCUGCAGCUGGUCGGUUGCUGCUGGGAACGUGGCCUCUAGGCUGCCCAGCUCGUUCUCAAGGUGGUAACCCCCUAGUUCCCUGCAGCAGCCUGGACCAUGCAAACAGCUCUGGGCAGUGGGAGGGGAUUUCGCAGGACUCUGCGUGAGCUGUGCUUUGGUGAGCCGAGCCAAGCCAUGCCAUGCUGUGCCGAGCCAACGCACCCUGGGCGCGUGCCAAGCAUGAGUGAGUGAGAGAGAGAAGCCGUGUGAGAUGGAGAUUCCCUGUCCUUUAUUUUGCUAUUAAAUUGCCUGGUUUUUACACUG